UACAGCCACGCGCGUGAAGAAAAAAAAAAUUUCACAUCCGGUUUUUCGCGACAUUUAAAUCAAUUUCUAUCAUAUCUUGGCACCAGCGAUGCCUCGCAAAUAAAUAAAUUAUCAUUUGAAACAAAUGAAUAGCCAAAUGAAAAUCAAGCGAUAAUAAUUCUAAUCGGUUUAAUAUUUAAAUCGUAAAAGACUCGCUGCAAUUUCGAUCGUUGGAAGAGAAAUUAAUUUCCUGCAGUCUCUUGCAGUUUGAAGCAGCUCUGACAAUCACUACGAAGAUGUCGAAAAUUUUUAACGGGAGCAAACCGAACAUCGUGUUCAUUUUUAUCGUACAAUUUCUCGCUCUUCGUUUCACCCCGGCCGAAGGCAUGACCGAAAAUGAGCUUGCCAGAAUAUCUCUGCGUGUUUAUGCGGGGGAAACUAUUAACAACAAAUAUUAUGACGUACCUAUUGGGGAAACACGUAAUCUGGCAUUGAAAUUAGACGCUGCGAAGCCAACCGUUUUAUACCUUCACGGUUUUCAAGAAAACCUCGAACGGGAAAGCGUUCGCACUAUUGUUGGUGCUUACCUGAAACGCGGUGAUCACAACGUGAUCGCGGUGAAUUACGCCGAAAUAGCAAACGGAACUUACAUUCAGGCCGUCGAGAGUGCCGAAGCGGUUGGAAAGAAAUUGGCAAUUGCUCUGCGCCAAUUGAUUGCGGGUGUUCUGGACCCGAAGCUAAUUCACAUCGUGGGCUAUUCGCUGGGUGCUCAAGUGGCCGCAUACAUAAACAAAUACGCCGUGGUAUUCAAGGUGCAGCGACUAACGGCUCUGGAUCCCAUCGGACCCGCAUUUCUCGCUGUUGCUAAGCGAAUCACGUCAGCCGAUGCGAAAUUCGUCGACGUUAUUCACACCGACGCCUUCAUUUACGGCAACGGCUACGCAUCCGGCGGUGCAGAUUUUUGGCCCAAUAAUGGCCUGCGUGUUCAGCCAGGAUGUCCACUACAGUACGAAAAAGGCAGCGAGGAAGAUUUUUGCAGCCAUCAAAGAUCAUGGCAAUACUACGCGGAAUCGGUUGAAAACCCGAAAGCAUUUAUGGCGGCAAAAUCCGUCACAUGGACGAAAUUUUUAGGGAGCGCACACAAGAAACAGGAUCUUGUUCCUAUGGGAUUGGCGACGCCUUCCGGCACGACCGGAUUAUUUUAUUUAAAAACGAACCAACAGUCGCCCUUUGGAAUGGAAGAAAACGGCGUCAAGUUAGCCGACGUUAGUAAAGUUUUCACGCAUUUGCAUGGUUAUAAUAAAACAAUACGCAAAUUAUAAUACCUACUAUAUGUAAUAACAUGACUUUAGAAUAACAGCAAGUGUGAGGCUUGAUUUACAAAAUUAAUUUUCCAUUGUUCUGUUUUCUUUAGUUGUUCGUUCAGAUGUACUUAAGGGUUGAAAAAAAAAGAACUGCAAAUACGCGAAACAGAUUAAAAAAAAAAUAUGUUUCCCACUAUACAUAUAUUAUAAAUAAUUAAUAAAUAUUUCAGAUGAAUAUUACGCUGUGUUAAACUGCAGAGUGUCUAGUUAACCGAUAAAUUGUUAGAUUAUAUUUAUUUUCUCUCAGCAAAGGAAACUAGUUUGCCAUUAUGCAUCAUAUUGUUUCAAAUUAGUCAUUCCACCGGUUGGUUGGAACUUUGUGAAUUUAUUUCACGACGCUGAAUUCAAUGUAUACGUGUCGUGAUCGUUUGAUAAGUGAAGCAUACCGUCACACUUCGCAACGAGAGAAAUACACGAUUUAUUCGACGAUAAUUUAUAUGUUAUAGUUAAUUUCAAAAAAGAAAAAAAAAAUACUACUCAAUCGAAUCGCUAUCUCGGAAUGAUUGCGUUCCUGAUC